UUGAUUUUCAGGAUGCCUGGGAAGUGGAUUUCUGCUCUGCUGCUGCUGAAGAUAAGUUGCUGCUUCAUAUCUGCAAAGUGUGGGAAGGUGUUGGUGUGGCCGGUGGAAUUCAGUCACUGGAUGAACAUAAAGAUAAUACUGGAUGAACUUGUACAGAAGGGCCAUGAAGUCACUGUUCUGAGACCUUCAUCUUCCAUCUUUCUUGAUCCCCAAAAAUCCCCUGGCCUUAAAUUUGAAACUUUUCCUACAUCUGUCAAUAAUAAUGAACUGAAAAAAUUUUUUGCAAGGUUUGUGGACACUUGGACUUAUGAGAUUCCAAGAGAUACGUGUUUAUCAUAUUCUCCUUUACUACAAAAUAUAAUUGACGAAUAUGCUGAUUACUGUCUAAUUCUUUGUAAAGACACAGUUUCAAACAAACAGCUCAUGGCAAAACUACAAGGAUCCAAGUUUGAUGUCCUUUUGUCAGAUGCCAUUGGUCUCUGUGGAGAGCUCAUAGCUGAACUGCUCCAGAUUCCCUUUCUCUACAGUCUUCGCUUCUCUCCAGGCUACACAAUGGAAAAAUACAGUGGAGGACUUCUCCUCCCUCCCUCUUAUGUACCUGUAAUUUUGUCAGGAUUAGGUGGCCAAAUGACAUUCACAGAGAGAGUGAAAAAUAUGAUAUGUAUGCUUUAUUUUGACUUCUGGUUCCAGACAUUUAGAGAGAAGAAAUGGAAUCAGUUUUACAGCGAAACUUUGGGAAGGCCAACCACCUUAGCUGAGACAAUGGGCAAAGCAGAAAUGUGGUUCAUUAGAUCCUACUGGGAUUUGGAGUUUCCUCACCCAACCUUACCAAAUGUUGAGUAUGUUGGAGGACUCCACUGCAAACCUGCUAAACCCUUGCCUAAGGAAAUGGAAGACUUUGUCCAGAGCUCUGGAGAGCAUGGUGUGGUGGUGUUUUCUCUUGGGUCAAUGGUUCUUUGGAGAUUUGAUGGCAAAAAACCAGACACCUUAGGACCUAAUACCAGAGUCUACAAGUGGCUUCCUCAAAAUGAUCUUCUUGGUCAUCCGAAAACCAAAGCCUUUAUAACUCAUGGUGGAGCCAAUGGCCUCUAUGAGGCCAUCCAUCAUGGAAUCCCUAUGAUUGGCAUUCCUUUGUUUGGAGAACAACAUGAUAACAUUGCCCAGAUGGUGGCCAAAGGAGCAGCUGUUGCGUUGAAUAUCAGAACAUUGUCAAGGUCAGAUUUGCUCAAUGCACUGGAGGAAGUCAUUGACAAUCCUUUCUAUAAAGAGAAUGCUAUGUGGUUGUCAACCAUUCACCAUGAGCAGCCUAUGAAGCCCCUGGACAGAGCAGUCUUCUGGAUUGAGUUUGUCAUGCGUCACAAAAGGGCCAAGCACCUGAGACCACUUGGACAUAACCUCACCUGGUACCAGUACCACUCUCUGGAUGUGAUUGGAUUCCUGCUCGCCUGUGUGGUGGCCACUGUAGUCCUUACUGUAAAGUGUGUCUUCUUUGUUUGCCGAUUCUGUGUAAAGAAGGAAACGAAAAUGAAGAAUGAGUAGAGCUCAUUGGUCAUGCAUUAGAUGAAUGAAAUUUCAGCAUCAUUCUAUUUUAUGAACCACCUUCUAAGCACUCACUUAUUACUUUACAGAAGCACGCUUUCUUUGCAAUUGUGUACCAUAUAAAAAGACAUGUAACUCUG